UACCAGGGUUUUAUCACUUUCACAGACUAGGGUUUUAGGAAAAUCUCCGCACAAAUUUCUGUAUCUAUAAUCGAGACAGAAGACGCCAUGGAUAGAUACAGAAAAGUGCAGAAAGCGAAGGCAGAGGGCUCGACUAACGAGAACGAGAUCAGAAUCACCUCGCAAGGCUUUGUCCGCAACUAUAUUAGCUACGCUACUAAUCUUCUCCAGGAGAACGAUGGGCGUGAAAUUGUACUUAAGGCAAUGGGACCAGCAAUAAACAAGGCGGUAGCCAUAACAGAGAUUAUAAAGAGACGAAUUCCUCAGUUGCACCAAGAUACUGUCAUCAGUUCAGUCAACAUAGUGGAUGUAUAUGAACCUAUUGAGGAGGGUCUUCUGCCCGUGGAGACAAGUCGUAAUGUAUCAAUGAUUUCAAUUACCCUAUCAACUAAGGAGUUAAACAAGAAUUCGCCAGGGUAUCAAGCUCCAGCUACUGCUGAACAAGUGCAACAACAGCAGCAAUCAAGAAAACAACGCACUUAUCAGCAACAGCAGCCACCAAGGCAACACAAUAAUCAGCAUCGGCGACAGAACAAUUACCAACAACAGCAGACCUCUAGUCCGCAGAAUAAUUAUCAACAAGAGCAGCCCUCGAAGCCGCGGAGCAAUUAUCAGCAACAGCAACCACCAAGGCCGCAGAACACUUAUCAGCAACAGCAGCAAUCGAGGACACAAAAUAACUAUCAGCAGCAAUCAAGGACACAGAGUAAUUAUCAGCAGCAACCUGUUGCUAGACAAGCUCACCAAGGUUAUGAUGUUGCUGAUGAAGAUUCAUAUGGGCGAGGCCGUGGUGGAUCCCGUGGUAGAGGGAGAGGACGAGGCUGGAGUAGAGGCGGGUAUGGUAAUUAUGAAGGAAAUAAUCAUGGGAACUAUGAAGGAAACUAUCAAGGUGAGGGAGAUGGUGGUGCCCGAGGUGGGGGAAGGGGAAGAGGUUAUGGCCGGAGUCGUGGAACUGGAAGGAUGGGAAGCUAUGCCAGGGAUGAUAGCUACCAGAGGUAGUUGUUGGUGGUGCUUCUGAUAUGCUAUAUAGCAAUAUAUUUGUUUUGCACUAUUAGUACUCUAUAUUGGUGUUUGGCAUCUUUAACUUUAGGUUGACAAUAGUUUCAAGGUUAAGCAUUAAUACUAGAGAUUGAUUAUUAUUAAUAUUAUUUUUUUA